AUGGCGAUAUCCAAUAUUGUUUCAGAUGUUGGAGUUCUUCUUCUUAGAAUUUAUGUUCUUGUCGUUUGGAAUAUAAUAAUACUAUAUCAAAUCCUGCGUAAAAGAAGAGACUGUUGGAUUCGCAUAAAUGACCUGCGUGUAGUUCAUGAGAAUCAAGGCUUCUUAGUUAUAAAUAAGCAUCCUGAGUUACUUAUAAACUGCACAACCCCAUGGAUUAACUGUUUAACUCUACAAAUGCAGUUGUUCUACAACCGUCCACACUAUGUUAACUGGAAACUGAAAAAUAUGUUUCAUUUUGUCCAUCGACUCGAUUGUCCAACAAGCGGUUUAAUAUGCAUUGCUUAUGAUACAAAAGUUGCAAGUAUGAUUAGGCGUGCAUUUGAGAAAAGAGAAGUCAAGAAGUAUUAUUUAGCUAUAGUUUGGGGAUAUGUUGGGUCAAUUUGUGACUCAGAUUUAUCAUCAUCAUUCGUCAAACAUGAAUCAAAACUCGUACAUCAUAUCCAAAUGCCAAUUGGUUCAUUUCGAUAUAUUUGGCCAAACACUGGACGCAAACAAAAGAUAAUUGUUCCUAUUACACAUCCAGAAUGUCAUAGACCACGUGAAUCUUUAACAACAGUUAUUGUUUUGGACUAUGGCAAACUAAUGGGUGAACCAGCCACACAUGUGCUUCUUAUCCCUAAAACUGGUCGUCGUCAUCAAUUACGUGUACAUUGUGCAAUUGGUCUCGGUCAUCCAAUCGCUGGUGAUAUCACCUACGUUCGUCGUCCAUUCGAUCAUCCUAAUAUCGUUUACCUGAAUGACGUUUAUACAAUGCAUAAUGUUAACUUGGAUUAUAAAUUAAAACAUAUGAUGCUACAUGCAUAUACUAUGAAAAUAAAUUUACAAGUAAACAGUAGAGAGAAGAUUGAUAAUGUAUGUGCUAACAAGCGUUCGUAUCAAUUGCCUGAAGAGAAAGAAUAUCAAUUUCAAACAAAUAAUAAUCCAUUUUUCAAUCUAAAUGAUGCUUAUCUAUGGCAGAAAGAUGAAGAAAGUGAAAAGAUGAUGAUGAUGGCAAUGGGGCAAAGAACGACUCUCCAUACAUUGGAAGAAUAUAUACUGAACAAUGCUUAUUAGGAAAUUUAUGGUUCUAAAUGAGUUGUAAUGUGUGUAUGUGUAAAUAAACCUGUCAGAUUCUAUUAUUUUGCAU